GCGGGACGCUUCGCAGAGGAGGGCUUCAGGCGGGGAGGGCUCUGAGUCGGGCUGUGGACCUCACCUGGGCUGUGGCUCCGUGCCCGUGUGUCCCGGGUCGCCCUCGGUGCCCAUCUGUCAUGGAGAAAACAGUCCCAGGGGGUGUUUUGCUCAGUUGUCCAUCUCAUCUGUCCCUGCCUCAGUUUCCCUUCUCAGAGCCACAGAGUCAGGGCCACAGCCUUUGCUAUGCACCCCUCAGGCCUCUCCCCGGCACUGACCCUGGAAGGACCACUGUCACUUCUUCCCCCCCAUAGUCUGACCCCGGGGGGCGAGGGCCGGGAGCGAGCCUCUGUCUCCUUCCCAUCUCCACCCGCUUUUGAUUUUCUGUCUUCCUGCACUGCCGCUGUGGAGAUGAGGUCGCUCGCCCCCCUGUCCCGGCGGGGCCCCACUCACUUCUCUGCUGCAGCCGGCAGGCCUGUCCGCCCCCCUCAGUUCAGGUAAUAUCCUCGGGAUUCUUCCAGCCGAUGGUUAGGGCCCUUGGGCAGCACGGGCACCCCCCCCCCCCACACACACCCCUCAGCCAGGGCCUCCCCCCUCACAGCAGCAAGGCAGCCUAGGGCCCCAGGCCUGUCGGCUCCCUGUCUCCCAGCACCCGCUUUUGGGAAAAUGACCUUUCCUCUUGGAGCUGAACCACUCUGUCCAUAUUACACAGAAGCCAUAUUUGUACGGGGGCGGGGGGGCGGGGCUGUUGUGCUGUGUGUGUCUGUCUGUGGGUGGGGGAGGGAGCAGGGAGGGGGUCGUGUAUCUUUAUAAUCUUUCUAACUCUCCUGUGCUAAUCUCCGAGGGGCCACCCUCAAUAUAUCUGGAUUAUCCGUGUCGCCCGCUGCCUCCUUCUUGCUGCUUCUGCUCCAGACGGGGGGUGUGCGCGUGAGGGGGGUUCUGCUGUUGUCCCCUGCGCCUGGGCCCCCCCCCUCAGGGGUGGCCCCCUCUCCCAAGGGCAUCCCUGCGCGGAGACAGCAGAGCUCUCCAAGGGAGAGCAGGCUGUUCACCCCCUCCGGCAGGGUCCUUGCUUUCUCGCGUGGUCGGGGAGGGGUGUCUGCCUGCUCCCCGCUGCCCCCCACCGGGUACCGGAGAAGGACACAGUGACGGCAGAGACGCCGCUGGCCCCACAGCAGGACAGACCCUCCCCAGGGCUACUGUCUAGCCCCGCUCACGUUCACGUUGAACAUGAAUCCGGAGCAGUCAUCCUGGGAAGAAAGGGGUUGGCGAUCUAUGUAAGGCACCCACCUUUGCCUCUCGGCUCCCCUACUCUGGCUCCAUGCACCCCUGCCUGAAUGCAAAAGGGCUCCUGGUGAGAUUGCGUUGAAACACCCCAGGCUUUCCUGGAAUGAGAUAGUGUCGCCUAACCAGCUCCUGAGACCCCGUGACCCGAAGGUCUGGCCGUUUCCCCACCCAAGAAAAUGCAGGGAAAGAGCAGAGACUGUGCAGAAGCCCUGGAGGGGUGAGGCUGCCCGCAGCAGAGGUGUGGGUUCUGGGGCCUGCAUGUGCAGAGUAAAUGCUUUCACUCUGCCAGCCGGGGAGAAACAGAAGCCCCACCCCUGUAAGGAACUGCACACAUCGCCCAGAGGCCCGCCAGUGAGUCCGUUCAGAGCCUUUCUAUGCCCAACACAAAUAUGAUCGAGAGCGCCCCAUGGGCGACAGUCCCAUUGUAGAAUGUGCUGCCCCAUUGUCCCCCAGAGCCUGCUUUAACUCGUCAGACAGCGCAUCAUGCUUGGUAUGGAGAAUGCGUCCGCGGCGCCCAUAGGUGGCUAGACCAACGCCCAGCCGCUCCCUGAAGCAGCUUCCUCACACAGCCUUGACCGCUGGCCCCCAGCCCUUCCUGUCCUCACGCUGAAGCACCCAACACCCACCUACCGCCUAGCCCUCGGCUAUGUGCUCGCGACACACAACACACACAGCCACACACAGAGACGGCAUGCGCAGCGCAGGGCUAUCAACGGGGGCCGGUCCGACCUCGGGCACCACUCACAGCCCCUCCCUCGAAUGUCCCCCUGGAGCUGUCUUUCUUUGGAUCCAGUUCAAGGGGUGGAGACUCGGUGAGAGUCAUCAGCUGCCCCUUCCCUCUGCCUUCCCAGCAGGUCUCUUAUCUCUGUCUCACAAGUCACCCCUGGCCCCUCUUCCUUCCUGGUGCUCGAAGACUCCAUCCCUGCUGGAAACCCCCCUGGCUUCUCAGCCCCGCUUUCCACCUUCGGGAAAACACCCGCUAUCUGCCGGCCAUCUUUUUCCUUUCCUGAGUGCAGGUCCCCACCAGUGAAAUCCAACCUCAAAACAGGAAGCCCCGGGCGAUUGCCCCUUCUGGGCCUGAGCUUGAGGCGGGCCAUGGGUGUGGGGCGAAGGCUUCCUGAAUGCCCGGCUCCCCCCCACUGCCUAUCCCCUAGCCCUGCCCAGAACUGAUGGCCUUCAUUAGCCCCUGGCACUUAUCUUGGAGCCGCAGCCACCCACGGGACGUUCCCAGCCCUUCUCUCUGCCUGCCCUUAGCCCGGCAGCGCCAUGGGGAACUGUCUGCAGCACCAGGUGGCGAAUGAGGACGCUACUAAGUUCACCUUCGAGGAUGACAUUUGGGAUGACUUUAAUGAUUCCUAUGACCUGAACUAUAACUACAGCCACGUGGACGCCGCUGCCCCCUGCCGCUCCUGCAGCCUGUUGGACGACUCCUCCUUGCCCUUCUUCAUCCUCACCAGCAUCCUGGGCAUCCUGGCCGGGGGAGCCAUCCUCUUCGCCCUCCUCAGACCUCUCUUCCACUGGCAGGUGUGCCCCGAACGGCCUUUCCUAGUACAGCUGGCCGUGGGCAGCACUCUCUUCAGCAUUGCGGUGCCCUUCCUGGCCCCAGGGCUUAAAGAGCUCCAGGGCACCCCUCUGUGCCACCUGGCCCACAUGGUCUGGUACGGCUCAGCCUUCGCCCAGGCUCUGCUGAUAGGGUGCCAUGCCUGCCUGGGCCCCAAAAUGGGCACAGGUCAGGUCCCCAACCUCACUCUGAGGCUUGGUGUGGGACUCUGGGGAACGGCUGUCCUGCUGGGGCUGCCGGUCACCCUGGCCAGUGACACUUCUCGUGGAUUCUGCUCCCUGACAUUCAGCAAGAGCCACUGGUUUCUGCCGCUGUCACACGCCAUUGCCUGCUGCGCCGUCUUCACCUUGCUGCCGCUGGGUUUGCUGGGAGCCAAGGCGAUAAUGAAAAUACGGAGCAGGGGGCAGCGUCCCUGGGCCAAUGUCCUGUGGGCCUGGUUUGUGUUCUGGUGGCCUCAUGGGGUAGCUGUGGGCUUGGACUUCCUCGUGAGGUCCAAGGCCUUGGUCCUGUGGACAUGUCUGGCCCAGCAGGCUCUGGACUUGCUGCAGCACCUGGCGGAGGCCCUGGCCAUUCUGCACUGUGUGGCCACACCCCUGCUCCUGGCCCUGUCCUACCACCAGACCGCACGUGCCGCCCCGCCCCCCCUGCCCCUGAGACGGCCUUCUCAUCUGGACGCCCAGGGAGGAAAGUCCUAGCUCUCUUCCUGCCUGUCCACUUGAAUUAAAGUCUACGCUGCUUUAA